AUGAGGCAAGGCGUCUACCCUUCACUCGCUCGCCGCCCCCCUUCUCGCACUUCACCAACGACUGUUUACGACAAAUGUUCAACAACAGCAUCAACCCUGACCUGGCCUGGUCCGGCCUGUCUACCCUCGCGUGGUCCAAACGCCAUCGAUCUCAUGGGGCAGACUGCAACAUGCCCCAGCUCCGGACAAGAAAUGAUGAACGGCGUCGAGGCCAUGGUGACAGAUACGCACCCUGCCCUGUUGCAUCCCUCCUCUCCCGUGGGUGCUUGCUUGGGUGCUUGCCUUCAUUCGCGCGAACGUGCAGCGCUGCCUGCCCAGUCAGGUAGGCAAGCGGUACGUACUGGCCCUGUUCGAGCACGUUCGUGUCUCCAUCCCCUCGUCCGUAUCGAUUUCUUCCCUCUUCUUUGGGCCAAUCUCGGUCCCCUUGCUCCCCGCUUCGUUCCACCGUUCCACACUUCACCGCACCUCCAGGGCGCCCAUCGACUUUUGACGCUCCAAAAAGCCGACUACACGGUGCACCCGCCAUCCACACUCCAGUUGUCCUGA